AUGACAGAGGGAAGCAUAGCGGGCGGUGGUAGCCUUGAGGAAGGCACCAUCCUGCUCAAGGACGACAUCACGGCCGUGACAGCGUUCACGCGCUUGCCGCUUGAGGUUGCGCAGCUGCUCGAGGGCUCUGAUCCGUACCGGCAGGCGCUGGCCAGUGGCUUCAGCGUGCAGACUGGCUUCGCCUACCUGACGACGCCCGACGUGUGCUACGUCUGGAACUUCACGGCGCGCGGAUCCGUGUCGCCGAUCUGCUACACCUUCUCCGUGCCCUCCUCUUCCGGCAGCUCGUCGUCGCCCAUGAGCCUGCCGCACUGCGCCCUCGUGUCGCGCUCUUCGGGUCACGAGCCAGGCCUCAUCCUGGUCUCGCAAAGCGGCAAGCUCGCCUUCUGGAACAGCGUCGUGUCCUCUGGCGCAGGCGCAGAUGGCGGACAGGAGCUGGCCAUCGCGCUGGGCGCUGGCGAGACGAUCACUGCGCUGCAGCAGUGCCAGGCGUCAUGCUUUGCCGUCUCGACGAGCCAGUCACGUCUCUUCAACGUGCUUGUCAGCUCGCGCGGUGGCCGCCUGUCCGCUUCCGUCGCACCUUUUGCCCAGCCGCGCGGCCUAUUUGGUCGUCUCUUCGGCUCUGCCUCGUCCUUCUCGCUCGGCUCAGAGGGCACCUUUGCCCUCGCUGCUGGUCCGGCGCCGGACAAAUCCGACACGUGGAACCUCUUCACGCUCGGCCAGCGCGUCGUGCAGAAGUGGCACAUCGGCGAGAAUGGCGGAGAGCGUCUGGCUGCCGAGCAGGACUUGCGGCAGAUGAUCGUGUCGGCCGUCUUUGGGCCAAGCGAGGGCGAUACGCAGCUGUCGCCUGAGUCCGUGGCCCUUGAGAUGCUCAGCUGUGCCGUCACAAACGACGCGUCGCUGGCAAUCCUCUUUGCCCAUUCUCCGAGCGCGUCCGGAGCGCGCUCAUUCGGUGUCGCGAUUGCGGAGCUGCCCACUGGCGCGACCUCUUUCGUCAUCUCGUCGACUAGCCAGAUGCAGUAUCGAGCGCACCGCGACCCGCGUCCGAACAGCGCGCCGCAGCUCGUGCUGCCUCACGGCGGCCCGGCGCUCUUCGUCGUCUUCCCAGAAGCCGUCGUGCUGCGCAUCCGCGACGUCGAGUUCGAGGAUGUCCUCAUGCUGCGGGACUCGUCGCGCAACCGCUUUCUGGGCCUGGGCGCCGAGGCGCUCGAUGUGGACAGCGACACGGAUGUCGCCUCGGUGUCGUUGAUCACGCUGCGCAGCGGCGCACUGCUGCUCGAGCUCGCCUGUGUCGAGGCCGAGGACCUGGCACAACGACUUGCGUCGCCGUCCGAACGUGCUCUCGUCGGCACCGAGCGGCUGCGUGCCAAGCUGGAGCAGGCCGUCUUCUACGGCGACAACACGCUCAACCCCGUCUCCUUUGAGCUUCCUCAGAGCUUCGAGGGCGACCUGAUCACGGCCGCAGAGCGGCUCAGCUCCCAGAUCGUCAACUCGGCGUCGGUCUCGCUGGAGGACGUCGUUGAUCUGCGUGCACAAUUGGCCGACCGUGUUGCGCGACUGCGUGGCUUGAUUGGCUUUAUUGCGCAGAACGGCCUUCUCGGCAAGCUAUCGCAGACCAGCCGGCGGCACCUCGGCGCGGAUGCCGAAAUGCUCGCCGCUGCCAUCGACCUGUGGCAGUACAGCAACGCCUUCAUGAACACUGCACGCCAGACGGGCAUCAGCGCCAAUCCGCUGGCCGAGUCGAUCGAGCAGGUCAUGGGCGAUCUCGGCGAAGGCGCCGGAGACGUCGCGCGCCUUUUCUUCCGCGAGCGGCUCGAGUAUCUCAAUAGCGUGCUCGAGGAGGUCGCCGCGCGCGUGCGUGCGGCACAAGGCACGUCUAUCGACGUGCGAUCGUUCGAGGUGCUGGAGGCCAAUCGCAUCCUCCUGACUGCAUAUCAGGCAGCUCACCGGUGUCGCAAAGACACUGCCGAGCUGUACCGCUUCACGCCGUCGCAGGCCGCCUUCGAGGCGUGGACGUGCACUGCGGGCAACAUCGACGUGCUCGAGGCGCUCUUCCACGCAACGGAGGACCUGCUUCGGGAGCGGACACGCGAGCUCGGCACCUCUGUCGACGCAGGCUCGCUGCAGCUCGUCGUCGCGGAUACAAGUGCGCAAGGGCUUGCGCAGCGGGCGCAGCAAGAGCUCAAGAGCCAGCUGGCUGACCUUGCAGCGCAUGCGCUCUCUGCUUUCGAGGACCGUCUGGCGUACCUUCAGGCUGCUGCUGGCACCGGCAGCGACGCGAACACGCUGGAUCGCGAGCGCGAACUUCUCGACGCGCGGUACCGCUCCGCACGGCCGCAGAUGAUCCUGCCACUUCUGGCCGUGGGCCGGCAAGAGCGCGCCUUUGGCCUCGCAGAACGGCACCGCGACUUCCGGACGCUCACAGAGCUGUGCCAUCAGCCCAGCCUCGCGAGCGGCAGCGGCGAGCAGCGCAUUCGACACUACCUGCGGCUCUACCGCAAGGACUUUGCCUUUGAGCUGUACGGCUGGUACGUCGAGCAGGGCAAGCUGCGCAAGCUGCUCGAGCAGGAGGAGAGCGAGAGUGAGCUGCUGCUCGACUUCCUCGAGAGCACCGACAACGCGCGCAUCGGCUGGCUGCACGAUAUACGUCUGGCACGCUAUGACGAGGCAAGCGACAAGCUGCUGCGCGUCGCUGAUGCCGAGCAGGGCCUGGCGGAGAAGAAGCUGAUGCUGAGCCUUGGCAAGCUCUCGCACAUCGCGCUCCUCACUGAGCAGCAGAUCGCCACGGCAAAGGAGCAGCAGGCGAUCGAGGUCAUCGAUGACCAGAUCGACUUGACCAAUGUCCACCAGCGGCUGCUCGAUGCCUUUGAGAGCGCCGUGCCCGGUGCUAUCGAAGGCGCGGAGCUCAGUGCUGAGCCCGUCGUCGAUGCUGUGGCCGUCUCGCUGCAAGGCUUGCCGACGCUGCGUUCGCUCUUCCGCACCCUUGCCGCACAGCUGCUGCGCGGCAGCGUGCUCUCGUCCGAGGACCUUAUCGAUCUCCUCACGCUUCAAGAUCCUUCCGAGUCAGCCAGCGAAAACUUUACCACGGCGCUGGAGGUCUUCAUUCGCACAAAGGACCUGCCGGAGGCACGGUCGACCGCAUGCCUCAGCUCGCUUUGGCUCCGGCUGUAUCUGAGCGACGACUGGCCCUCCAUCACCGACACGACGGCCAUCUCCGACGACGAGCUCACGGAGCGCCUGCGCAGCACGAACUUGUACGCUGCGCUUCUCAGCGCCGCGACGAACGGUGGUGCGUUUGCGCUGCGAGACGCUCGUCGUCCACACAUGCUGAUGCUCGUCCUUUGCAGACAACAUGUCUGA